GGGCGCCGCGCUGGGCGGGGGGCGUGCAGGCUGCAGGUGCUGGGGCUCCACGCCAGCCCCAUGGUCACCUUCACCCCAGGCCGCUUAGAGCAAAGGCAGGUCCAGCAGAGGAGUCCGUGGGGCUCUGAGGGACGAGCAAGAGUGGUGCCCCCCACGGGCUGGCCUGCCUGCCCAGAAGCCCCCGCCCGCCCGCCGGGCACUUGCUCCCAGCAGAGGCCGAUUUGCCCAGAGAGAUUACCGAAGGGAUUUUCCUUCUGCUCAGCAGCAAGGACACAGGGUCUCACUGAGACCUGACUAACAAGCCCACGCAGGACGUGAGUCUCAGGUCGCACGCAGAACAGAAGCAGCUCAGGCGGUGUCCCCGCUGGGAUCCGUCUCCAUAAAAUAAAACAGAACAGGACUCAGCAGCUGGUGGUUGAUGGAGCGCACGGUCAGGGCUCCGGUCCGAGUCCCGGUCACCACCCUGCUUGUCCUGCCUGAGGACCCACCCGCGCCCCAUGGCGGGGUCCCUGGCUGCCUGUGCCGUUUGCUCCCUGGGCCACACACCCUCGCCCCCAGCUCUGUCUGUCCCCUCCCAUGUGGCCACUGGUCCCCACACCCCAUGUCCUGGCGCUGGACCCCACCUGCUGGGCCCACCUGCCACCUGAGUUCUCCAGGGGGCCCCUGCCUGUCUCCGUGGCAAGAGCUUAGCCCCCAGCCCUCAGCAACCCCAGAAUUAAGUCACAUGGAGGUGCCGUGCAGACGAGGCCUGUCCCCUCUAAGUCGCCCUCGUGGGAAACAGGCUCCCAGCUGCACGUGUGUGAGUGCGUGCCACCCCCGGCCAGCACAGCUGCCAGAGGGGUCACUUCCCAGGUGAGCCCGGGUGGGGGGCUCUGCCCAUCAGCUGGGACAGGCAGGGCCCUCGGGUUGCCUCCUGUGCCCCCCAGGCCCUGGCCUCCUCCUUGGAGCCACCGUCCCUCACACCCUGGCUCACCAGACAGCCUGUGUCCCUGGAAAAGUGCUCUGUCCUUAAAGGGGCUGUCAUCCCACCACUGUGACUACUUAGGAGUGAGCCCGAGGGUGGCGCUCUAAUAAAAUAAUACGGGAAAUCUCUAAAGCAAAAGAGCGACGAAUCCUGCCUUCCUGCCGUCUCAGGUCACACGUUAGCUAAUCAGGUAGUAGGUUUCAGAAAUUAAGCUGCCCACCAGGCUUCGGACGUGACCGUAGGGGCGUCCGAGGCCGGUCCGGGGGGGGGCCUGGUGGGUCCGGGCCACCGCUGCCACCUCACCCACACGGGUUCGGGCAGGUCCCGCCUGACUCUGGCCUGGUGGCAUCAAACCCCAAGGGGCCCACCCUGUUCCAGGGUCCCCAGGGGCCUCCAGCUCGUCCUCCCCGGGCAGCGCCGCUGCACGUUGCUGCCCUGUGGUCCCCAGGUCGAGCCUUGCUGCCUCUGUGGCGGGCGCCCGGCUUCUGACUCCCUCGCGCCAGCGUGGCGAGGCGCUGUUGGACUGGUGCCCACCUGAUGGGCAGCAGAAUGGUCUCUGGCCACUGGAGGAGCUGCGUCUCCUUGACUUCUGCCCCGGUCCCGCGUUCCCGGCUGCCUCUGGUGCGUGGCCUCCACCGGCCUCCCCUCUCCCUGUGGGGCUCCUGGCACUGGCGGGGUCGGACUGCACGUGUGCGGCUGCCUCUGGUCUGCACCAGUCCCCUCACUUUGCGUCAGGAGACCCCUUUGCUGCAGCUUUGUGUUUUAAUUCAGCCAGAGUUUACUUCUGGUUUGUGCGGAGCCUUGGCCUCCCCAGCUUCACGAAGCACCUCCCGGAGGGUCCCAGGCUUGCUGUUGCUCCUUUGGACCUGUGAUGCGUCUGCAUCCAAGCUGCUGGGUGGACUCCCCAGCCCCAUGGGCCCGCCUCCACAGUGGCCCUUCCAUUCCUUUCUGGCCCGCGGCUGACCCUCCCCCCAUCUCUGGUGGGACCAUGGGGUAUCCUCGUGGCAGCCCUGUCCUGGCUUGCUCACUUGUCAGGCAGGAUGCAGCGCCCCUCUAGGUGCCCCCAGGUGUUGGCUCGUGGACACCGCUCCUCUUGGAAUUUGGAUCCUGUGCCCUGGCCCUGCCUGCUCCCCUCAGAACCCCCGGCACCCCUCCUCCUGCCCUGAGCCCCACCCCAACUCGUCCUGGCUGCCGUGUGCCCCUGCCGAGCCUCCUGACUGAGGCCGCCUGGGCCCCGAUCUUGGCACUGCUCCUGACUUCUGCCUGUCAGCCCGACCCGACCUGUCCAAACAGCGGUGUUGGGACCGUGGCCCAGUGAUGCAGGGCGGAGCCAGUGGGAGGCCAGCCUUGUGCCACUUGACAGACGCCGCGUUCCCCAGGGUCUUCAUGGGCACCGUGCUCCCAGCAAGUCCCACAAGCGUGAUGUGGAUCAGACUUCCGCCUGGCCCGAGGCAGCCAGCCCCGGGAAAGCAGAUCAAGGAAUGCAGAGGAGGGAGUGGGGAGGCGGAGGAGGAAAACUGGCUGGCCUCCCGCGGCACUGACCCCAUGGUGCCGACCCCGAAACCUUGCAGCUGAGCAAGCCAUCUGCCAAGAGGUCUCACCAACUGAGGGGUUGUCUGAUGUUCCUGGAAUUUUCCAUAAACAGGGUCCAGCCCUGCAGCUGGCCCCGAGGCUCUGGGACCAGAGCUGAGCAGUCAGCUUCCCGCGAACCCCAUGGACCUGCCCCGAGGCUGUGCCGGAUGUCCUGGGGGCCUUUAGUGCUCAGUGUUCUGGGGGCCGCAGCCUUUCAGGUCACCAACGAGAUCACGCCGGUACUGUCGUACUCCUACCUGGCUGUGCUGGUGCCCGUCUUCCUGCUGACCGACUACCUGCGCUACAAGCCGGUGCUGCUGCUGCAGGGCCUGAGCUACGUGUCCGUGUGGCUCCUCCUGCUGUUCGGCUCGUCUGUGCUGCACAUGCAGCUCAUGGAGCUCUUCUUCAGCGUCACCAUGGCCGCCCGCAUUGCCUACUCCUCCUACGUCUUCUCGCUCGUGCCCCCCGCCCACUACCAGCGCGUGGCCGGCUACUCGCGGGCCGCGGUGCUGCUCGGUGUCUUCACCAGCUCCGUGCUGGGCCAGCUGCUGGUCACUGUGGGCCGCGUCCCCUUCUCCACGCUCAACUACGUCUCGCUGGCCUUCCUCACCUUCAGCCUGGUCCUUGCGCUCUUCCUGAGACGCCCCAAGCGCAGCCUCUUCUUCAACCGCAGCGCGCCCGCCGGGGCCUCGCCCUCCGAGCUGGACCAGAUGAACCCGGGCCCCGGCCAGCCCACGGGCGGCAGGCCCGGGCCGGCUGCGGCCUGGCGGGACUUGGCCCUCGCUCGUGUGCUCCGGGAGCUGGGCCACAACCUGCGGUUGCCGCAGCUGCGCCUCUGGUCCCUCUGGUGGGUCUUCAACUCCACCGGCUACUACCUCAUUGUCUACUACGUGCACAUCCUGUGGAACGUGGUCAACCCCACCAUGGACUCCACAAGGGUCUACAACGGCGGGGCUGAUGCCGCCUCCACUCUGCUCGGUGCCAUCACCUCCUUUGCGGCGGGCUUCGUGAAGAUCCGCUGGGCGGUGUGGGCGAAGCUGGUCAUCGCGGCGGUGACUGUGGUGCAGGCCGGGCUGGUCUUCCUCAUGUACAGGACGGACAGCAUCUGGCUGUGCUACAUGGCCUUCGUGCUCUUCCGCGGCUCCUACCAGUUCCUGGUGCCCAUCGCCACUUUUCAGAUCGCGUCUUCUCUUUCUCAAGAGCUCCGUGCGCUGGUCUUCGGAGUCAACACAUUCCUCGCCACUGUUCUCAAGACGAUCAUCACCCUCAUCGUCUCGGACAAGCGGGGCCUGGGCCUCCCAGUCCACUCUCAGUUCCUCGUCUACUUCAUGUACUUCCUGGUGCUCUUUGUCGCCUACUUCUUCGCGGCCCUGCUGGUGGGGCUGCAGCACCUCCGACGGGGCAUCCACCAGCCCCUGCCGCCAGCCCAGGAACUGAGGAGCCCCGUGCAGGAGAAGGCCGUGCAGGACGGGGCCCUGGGCAGCCUGCAGCCCGGAGCCUGGCCCCUGGCCCUGGAGGACGGCGUGGAGGCCGUGGGGCCGGCCUCCCCAGAGCAGAGCCAGCAGCCUGAGGCCAAGGCCUGACCCUGACCCACCUGAGCUGCUCUCCCGGCCCGCCCGGGCCGCCAGGUUCCUGACGCCAGAGGCAGCCCGAGCUUGGGGUCUUGACCUCUGAGCCGACACAUCCCUGCAGCCGGGUUUUUUGUCAUCGUCCAAAUUCCAGUGUUGAGAUGGUGGAGCCAGUGACUGGCGGGCCCCGAGUGGUCUGUCCCCAUGGCCCCCACCUCGAGGGCCACCCACCUCAGUGGGGAGCCCUUGGCUGGUCCCGUGGCAGCCCGAGCCUGGCAGCCCGAGCCUGGCACCCCGAGCCUGGCACCCCUCAGCCCUGGCUCUCACCCUGGCCAUGGCCCACCCGCGGCCAGGGAUACUUGGCCAGCUGCCUGGCCACCACUGGCUAGUUUGCUGUUGCUGCCUACAUGCAGCCAGUAGUGGGGCUUCACGUGCCCACCAGGCCUCCCCGCCUUGGGAGGCAGAUCCCACUUGUCCCCAGGAGCAGGCAAAGUGGUCCCAGAAGCCAGCCUGAGGACCCCAGCCCCCCACAGGGUGUCCUGGGCCCCGCAGGCAGGGGGGAGAGCCCUGUUCCUGGGCUCAUGGCUAAACUGUGGUGUUUCUAGUUGUCCAGGUGCUUGCAGUUUAAAUGAUUCUCUGUUCCUUUUUUAAAAAAACUUAUAUGAGAA